UUCCACGCGAAACAGCGGUUGUCGAUGGCGUCGGACGACGAGACGCGACUGCCGAUCCUCGAGAAGCUCACGAGCGACGCAGAGGCCCACGCGCGCUCGACGACGCGCGUCCGGCGCAGCUUCACGAGCCUCGUUGCGAUCGUGCUCGUCAGCGCGGUUCUCGCCUUUGGCUGGUCGCUGCCCGCCAAGCCCGACCCGCCGCUGCAGGACGCGCGCCAUGACUUUUCCGGCGACUUGCGCUCGCGCUGCGAGACCAACACCCUGCUCCAGCCACUCGACCACUUUGGCGCGUCGGCCAACGCGGCGUCGUUCGAGCAGCGGUACUUGACCUGCAGUGAGUUUUUCGAUGCGACGAACGGUCCGAUCUUCUUCUACACGGGCGGCAACGCCAACGUCGAGGUCUUCCUCAACACAACCGGCGCCAUGUGGGAAGCCGCGCCGGUCGCCAACGCGCUCCUCGUCUUUGCCGAGCACCGGUUCUUUGGCACGUCGAUCCCAUCCUCGUCAUCGUCCACCCAUGCGCUGGACCACCUCUCGACGGCGCAGGCGCUCGCCGACUAUGCGAACGUAAUCACAGCGCUUCUCGCUCGUUUUGGCCAUCGCCCGGUCGUCGCGUUUGGCGGCGGCUACGGCGGCCUCCUCGCGACGUGGCUGCGGCUUAAGUUCCCGCACCUCGUGAUCGGCGCGGUCGCAAGCUCGGCGCCACUUCUCGCGUUUGAAGCGAAUGUCGACGCCACCGCAUUUGCGCGGACCGUCACGUACGUGGCAAGUCCCGUGGCCGGUGCGCACCCCAACUGCAUCCCCAAUGUCCGCGCGCUGUGGCCUCAGCUCACGGCAGCGGCACAUUCUUCAAGCGGUCGCACACAGCUCGCCGCUGCGUUCCGCCUCUGCCCCGGCAUUAGUCCUUCGUCCAGUUCUCUUGUUGCUUGGAUCACGACAGCGUUCGAAGCCUUGGCCGUCCACAACCACCCGUUCCCGACGGCAGGUCUGCCGGGCCAUCCGAUGCGCGCCGCCUGCGCGCAUUUGGCCCACGACUACUAUGCUGGCCGCUCCGAUCUCGAGCUCUACGCUGCCGUGCGGGACGCAGUCGGUGUCUACUACAAUGCAUCGGGCGACGUGCCAUGCUUUGACCUUGGCAACGACCACGGCGAGCGACGUCAAAAUGUGUUCAAGUACCUCAAGUGCACCGAACUCUACACCCCGCGCGAUUAUGCUGGCGGCGACGACGACAUGUUCCCACCGCAGCGCCACAACGAGACCACAGACGCCAUGCGGUGCCUGCAGACUUGGGGCGUCGAUUUGCGCCCGUUCUACGCGCACACCAUGUACGGCGGGCGUGCCGGGCUCGAAGCGGCGACCAAUCUCGUGUUAACCAACGGCGACCUGGACCCGUGGAGCAACAGCGGCAUACUCCAGUCGCUCUCGCAGUCGGUCGUCGCCGUGCGCAUUCCAAAGGGCGCGCACCAGUCCGACUUGUAUUUUCAUGACGCGACCGACUCGGACGACCUCGCGUCGGCGCGUGCAGUCGUGCGAGCCCACGUCCAGCACUGGCUCACGACCUUUUCCAAGCACUAGAAGAAACAAUUGUCCUAUACAAUGUCCACAAGUUGUCUUAUUUGGUGGUGGAAAGAAAUAAAGGCGUGC